AUGAAAACAAAUAUUCUAUUGAUUGCUUAUACUAUUUAGUUAUUAAUUGUAAGAGCUAUUGAUGUUUUACCAAUUCAAAUAUCAAAUGAUGUCCUCUUUAUAAAAGAAACAAACUCUGUAAUUUACCAAGCCUCAAGUGAUUCUACUUACAGAUAUAGUAUCCUUGAUACCUAAGGAAUUAUUACAGCUACUUAUUUAUUAAAUGGAUUAUAGAAAAUUGACUUGAAUACCAAAUAUUUCAUCAUAAAUAAUUAGGUUUACUUGAAUUAUUUCUAGAGUUAAUAAUAUCAUACUAUUGAUUUAAAUCUAAUGACAUCUGGUUAAACAGGGUAUUUAUAAACUCUUAAAUAUCCGAAGGCUGCUCAAGCAUGUUCAACACCUGAUAUUUAAAUCUAAGAAAUAGCAGGAGUUUACUAUUACCUGUGUUUUGAUUCAUUUAAUAUAUUUUUACUCUAAAGCUCAACUUUUUAAGGCUUAUUUAGUACUCAAAAAGCUUAUACCUCUUAAAUAGGGAUGAGGAAUGAAAACACUCAUAUAAUUCUAGAUACCUAACUAUUUACAAAUGGAAAUAUCUAUCAAAUAAAUAUUUCAUUUACUUAAUCUACAAACAUAGUAUUAGUCAAUAUGGAAUAUAACCUAUAUCUGAUAGAAGAUUACCUAACUUUAGUAUAAACUACUAAUUUAAUAUUUAAAGACGUUAAUUCAGUAAAACUAAAUGCUAGUGACAUUAAUAAACUUCUUAUUUCUGAUGUAAUAAAUUUUCCAAAUAUCUCCAUAAUUGCAGCUUAUGAUUUCAAAAAAAAAAUUUUCAGAUAUUUUAAUGUGUAAAAUUUAUCAGAAUUAUAAUCAACAGGAGUAACUUUGCCUUUUAUUAAUUACUAAACCUUUUUGUAAUAUGAGAACACUAUUUUCAUUAGCACUUCAUAAUACACUUUAACAUAUAUCUCUUCAUCAAACUAAGUUAACAUUGCUCAAAGUCCAAAUACAUCCUCAAUCUCAUACACACUACCUUACUAUCAUAUUAUUUACUAUUCUUUUUCUUAUUCCCUAACUUAUUAGGUUAAAUAAGGAUCUACUGAAUACUUAAUAAAUAUUAACUAAGCCCUUAAUUUUUGUGUUCCGGGUUGUUUAACAUGUUAAUCAAUAUCUGCCUGCGCUACUUGCUCAUCUCCUCUAUACUUAGAUAAUCAGUUUUAAUGUGUUUCUACGUGCCCAAAUUAAUUUGUUCCAGAUAAUUCAAACAUUUAAUGCGUUUGUAGACCUAACAGUACAUUAUAAAACUAAAGUUGCCCAUGCAAUGUAGCAUAUGUUGAUAUUAAUGGAAAUUGUAUAUCUUGCCCAUAAAACUGUAACACAUGUACCUCUUAAACAAUUUGCUCUGUUUGCCAAACAGGGUAUUUACUUGCAGCAGAUGGUACUUGUGUUUCGAAUUGCCCAGCUAGUUUUAUCUAAGAUUAAACUAAUACAAAAUGUGUUUGCCGUUUAAAUAGCACUUUAUCAAACUUGCAAUGCCCAUGCAAUAAAGGUUACUUAGAUGUAAAUGAUAAUUGUUAAUAAUGCCCAUCAAACUGUGAUAUAUGUACAAGCUUAACAACUUGUUCUCAGUGUACUUAAAAUUAUUAUUUGACAGUAUAAGGAUUGUGUACUUCUGCUUGUCCUUCGACAUUUAUACCUGAUUCUACUUCAACAAAAUGUGUUUGUGACACAAACAGGACACUACAAAAUAAUUUAUGUCCAUGCAAUUCUUCAUACGUAGAUAUUAAUGGUGUCUGUUAACCUUGUUCUUCUAAUUGUAUAUAAUGCACUUCAUAAACAUCAUGCACAGCUUGCUAAUAGAAUUACUACUUAGCAACUGAUAUGACUUGUGUAGGAACAUGUCCAUUAACAUUUGUAGUAAAUGCAAACAAAACAUAAUGUGUAUGUGAUACAAAUAGGACAUUAACAAACAAUAAAUGUCCUUGUAGUAAUGGUUUUAUAGAAAUUAGUGGUAUUUGCUAAUAAUGUCCAUAAAAUUGUAAUACUUGUUCAUCUCAAACAAGUUGCACAGUUUGUUAGGCAGGAUAUUAUUUAACUGUAGAUGGUAUAUGUUAGCCAUGCCCAUAAAAUUGUUAAAAAUGCUCAUCAUAAACUACAUGCUAAGUUUGCCAAGAUGGAUUUUAUUAAACCAUAAAUUAAACUUGUGUUUCCUAAUGUCCUAAUAGUUUUAUUGUUGAUGUUUAAAAGAAUAAAUGUAUCUGUGCUAUUAAUUAAUCGCUAUAUAACAACUAAUGUAUUACAUGCUAGGAUGGAUGCAUUAAAUGUACUAGCCCAUCUGAUUGUUAGUAAUACUCUAAUUGUGGUUAAUAGUUUAAAUAUGAUUUCUCAUCAUAAAAAUGCGUAUAAUGUUUAUGGGAUGUUUAAGCAAGAAGAUGUGUAGAUACUUGUACAAAUAAAUAACUUUAUGAUUCAUAAAAAUAGCUUUGCUAAUAAUGCUAUUAUUACAAUGGAAUAUGCUAAAGUUCAUGCCCUAUUGGUUUUUAUUCUGACAAUAGUUUUUAAUGUUAAUAAUGUAACUCAUAAUGUAAAUCAUGUAAUGGGCCUAAUAGUAAUUAAUGUACUAGCUGUAACUUUCCAUUUUAUUUAUAGGAUGACAGUACUUGUUCUAUCUGCUAGUUAGGAGAGUUCUUAGAUUAAUAAUAAACUAUUUGUAAAAAAUGUAAUAUCAGUUGCUUAACCUGUAAUGGACCUAAUUCAAACAACUGUUUAUCCUGUGUACAAGAUUAAAUUCUAUCAAAAGACAGUAAUGAAUGCUUGACUUAAUCUUAAAUUUAAAGCUAAGUCAAAAAUAAUUUAAAGAUAAAAUAUUCUAAUUGUGACCAAACAAACUUUGAUUGCUCUUCUCUUUUUGCUGUAUAAGAGCUUAUUUAAUAAAUUUCUUCAGGCAUUUUUAUUGCUACAAUAAUCUCCCUCUUUUUAUUUUUAAUUUUUUCUAGCUCAAAUGGACUAUUAGGCUGGUACUGCAUUUAGAUAUUUUAGCUGAUAGGAAAUUUAGCUUUCAAUAAAAAUAUGAACAUAUUUUGGUUAAAUAUUGGAUUUUUAAAGAAUUUUCUUGCAUAUAAUUUCUUGAAUUUGGUUUCUAAAAAUCCAUUUUAAAAUGAUAAUGAUAUCGAAAUAGACUUUAACUUAUAUUAAAUAGGCAUAUAAAUUUAAGAUUUCUACAAAAAUUUUAUACAAAAUUGUUUUUAUCAUUUGAUAGGAUUAGUAUUAAUCCUUUUUUUAAUGUUGAAAACUUAUUUUUUGAAAAACCAUUCUGGAAUAUUUAAGAGAGUAAAUGAAUAUAUAAUAUUUAAUGGGCUUAUUAGAUAUUUUAUGAUCAUCUCUAAUUUUAUAAUCCUUUGUAUCUUCAAUUCAAUAUAAUAAGAAAAUUAUUUAGAAAAGGGAAACAUUUAUGUAAUAGGUAUUUUUGGCUUAAUCUAUUUAUCACUUUACACCUUUAUCGUAGUUUCUAUUCUGAUAGGUAGCUAAAAUCUUAGCUAAUCAAUCAAUGUUUCUUAAUUAAAUAUACAUUAAAAUAAAAGAAUUCGUUAAUUCUUUUGGUGCUUUUUUGAAGUUAGAAAAAUAGCUUGUAUAGUAAUAAUUGUAUUCUUUAAUGAGUUUUAAUUUAAUGGAAUAAUUAUUUCAUUAAUAAGCUCGCUAUUUUUAAUUUAUUUAAUAAUUUCAAAACCAGCAGAGAUAAAACAGUAAUUAAUAUUUAUCAUUUUAUCAGAGAUUAUAUUGGUAGCGCUAUUUAUGAUGUUUGAAUUUAUCUCUAAUAGAAAAUAGCUCAGUAUAAAUCCAUAGAUAGCCACAUAUUUAGCAUUAUGUAAAUACAAUUUUUUUAGAUUUAAUAUUUAUAUUCUUAUUUGA